AAGUAAAUUAACGACUGAUACCGUUAUCCGGUUAUACCCUGAAACACAAACAACACAAGCUCUGAAUGGAUCUUCAAUCUCCUUGCUGCAUUUCCCUUCACCGUAAACCUUCUCUUUUCCCUCAACUCAAUUCCGUUAACUUCCCUUUGAAUUCCCUCAAAUGCCGCCGUAAAACUGCCGUUGCCGUCACGGGACAAAACGGUAGCAGCAGUUAUUCUCCCUCAGUUCCCACACACAAAGUCACUGUUAUCGACCGUCAACGUGACGUCGUUCAUGAAUUCCUCGUUCCCGAGGACCAAUAUAUACUGCAUACAGCAGAGGAUCAGAACAUUACGCUACCAUUCGCUUGCAGGCAUGGAUGUUGCACAAGCUGUGCUGUUCGUGUAAAAUCUGGGCAACUUAGACAACCCGAGGCAUUAGGGAUAUCUGCAGAGUUGAAGUCCAAGGGUUAUGCACUUCUUUGCGUGGGAUUUCCGACAUCUGACCUUGAAGUUGAAACACAGGAUGAAGAUGAGGUAUAUUGGCUUCAAUUUGGGAGAUAUUUUGCUCGAGGACCUAUUGAGAGAGAUGACUAUGCAUUGGAAUUGGCUUUGGGAGAUGAGUAACCUGUCAGGAGUUGAUUAGAGGAGUCAAUAUGGAGUCAAAAUCACUAUGUAUAAUUUUCUUGCCUCUCUUGCUAUAUCUAGGUGUAAUAUGCUCUCCAUGCCUUCUCCUUAAUGGAUUGGCUUUACUCGUGUACUACUAAUUUAUUGAAUAAAAAUUUAUGUUCUCCAUGUCA